CCUCCGAGUCCUGGCGCGCAGGGAGGGAGCGCUGCGCUGCGCCUCGCUGCGCAUCGCGGCCCGCUUGCCUCCUGCCCCCUGCCCUAGCUGGGCCACCUCCCUGGGCUGCGGGUGGAGGGCUACGGGGCGCUAACAUUACGCUGUUUCCGGUUUUCCAGCGGGCUCUGUUUCCCCUCCCAAGGCGGCGGCGGCUGAGCGGCGGAGCCCCCCAAAUGGCCUGGCCAGAUGCGGCAGGUUUGCUGCUCAGCGCUGCCGCCGCCGCCACUGGAGAAGGCUCGGUGCAGCAUCUACAGCGACAACAGCAGCAGCAGCAGCAGCAGCAGCAGCAGCAGCAGCAACAGCAGAGAGAGGAGCAGCAACAGCAGCAGCGAGAGCGACAGCAGCAGCAGCAGCCGCCGCCGCCGCCGCAGCAGCAUCUCCCGUCCCGCUGCGCCCCCAGAGCCGCGGCCGCAGCAACAGCCGCAGCCCCGCAGCCCCGCAGCCCAGAGAGCCACCGCCCGCUCGCGAGUCGCAGCCGCCGGCGGCAUGAGGCGCGACCCGGCCCCCGGCUUCUCCAUGCUGCUCUUCGGUGUGUCGCUCGCCUGCUACUCGCCCAGCCUCAAGUCUGUGCAGGACCAGGCAUACAAGGCACCCGUGGUGGUGGAGGGCAAGGUACAGGGACUGGCUCCGGCCGGCGGCUCCAGCUCAAACAGCACCCGCGAGCCGCCCGCCACGGGUCGGGUAGCGCUCGUGAAGGUGCUGGACAAGUGGCCGCUCCGGAGUGGGGGGCUGCAGCGCGAGCAGGUGAUCAGCGUGGGCUCCUGUGCGCCUCUCGAAAGGAACCAGCGCUACAUCUUUUUCCUGGAGCCCACGGAGCAGCCCUUAGUCUUUAAGACGGCCUUUGCCCCCCUUGACACCAACAGCAAAAACCUCAAGAAAGAGGUGGGCAAGAUCCUGUGCACUGACUGCGCCACCCGGCCCAAGCUGAAGAAGAUGAAGAGCCAAACAGGACAGGUGGGCGAGAAGCAGUCACUGAAGUGUGAGGCAGCAGCCGGGAACCCCCAGCCCUCCUACCGCUGGUUCAAGGACGGCAAGGAGCUCAACCGCAGCCGAGACAUCCGCAUCAAAUAUGGCAAUGGCAGAAAGAACUCACGACUACAGUUCAACAAGGUGAAGGUUGAGGACGCUGGGGAGUAUGUUUGCGAGGCUGAGAACAUCCUGGGGAAGGACACCGUCCGGGGCCGGCUCUACGUCAACAGCGUGAGCACCACCCUGUCAUCCUGGUCGGGGCAUGCCCGGAAGUGCAACGAGACAGCCAAGUCCUAUUGUGUCAAUGGAGGCGUCUGCUACUACAUCGAGGGCAUCAACCAGCUUUCCUGCAAAUGUCCAAACGGAUUCUUCGGACAGAGAUGUUUGGAGAAACUGCCUUUGCGAUUGUACAUGCCAGAUCCUAAGCAAAAAGCCGAGGAGCUAUACCAGAAGAGGGUCCUGACCAUCACUGGCAUCUGCGUGGCUCUGCUGGUCGUGGGCAUCGUCUGUGUGGUCGCCUACUGCAAGACCAAAAAACAGCGGAAGCAGAUGCACAACCACCUCCGGCAGAACAUGUGCCCAGCCCACCAGAACCGGAGCCUGGCCAAUGGGCCCAGCCACCCCCGGCUAGACCCCGAAGAAAUUCAGAUGGCAGAUUACAUCUCCAAGAAUGUGCCAGCCACAGACCACGUCAUCCGGAGGGAAACUGAGACCACUUUCUCUGGGAGCCACUCCUGUUCUCCUUCUCACCACUGUUCCACAGCCACGCCCACCUCCAGCCGCAGACAUGAGAGCCACACGUGGAGCCUGGAACGUUCUGAGAGCUUGACCUCCGACUCCCAGUCUGGCAUCAUGCUGUCAUCAGUGGGCACCAGCAAGUGCAACAGCCCAGCAUGUGUGGAGGCUCGGGCGCGGCGAGCAGCAGCAUACAGCCUGGAGGAGCGGCGCAGGGCUGCUGUGCCACCCUACCACGACUCCGUAGAUUCCCUGCGUGACUCUCCGCACAGUGAGAGGUACGUGUCGGCCCUGACCACGCCCGCGCGCCUCUCGCCCGUGGACUUCCACUACUCUUUGGCUACGCAGGUGCCGACUUUUGAGAUCACUUCUCCCAACUCCGCACACGCUGUGUCGCUGCCACCGGCUGCGCCCAUCAGUUACCGCCUGGCGGAGCAGCAGCCACUGCUGCGGCACCCGGCGCCCCCAGGCCCCGGGCCAGGGCCCGGGCCAGAUGCGGACAUGCAGCGCAGCUACGACAGCUACUACUACCCGGCGGCUGGGCCGGGACCGCGGCGUGGGGCCUGCGCGCUGGGCGGCAGCCUGGGCAGCCUGCCUGCGAGCCCCUUCCGCAUCCCAGAAGACGACGAGUACGAGACCACGCAGGAGUGCGCGCCCCCGCCACCGCCGCGGCCACGAGCGCGCGGCGCGUCCCGCAGGACGUCGGCGGGGCCCCGGCGCUGGCGCCGCUCGCGCCUCAACGGGCUGGCGGCGCAGCGCGCACGCGCGGCGCGGGACUCGCUGUCUCUGAGCAGCGGCUCGGGGGGCGGCUCGGCUUCGGCCUCGGACGACGACGCGGACGACGCGGACGGGGCACUGGCGGCCGAAAGCACGCCUUUCCUUGGCCUGCGCGCGGCGCACGACGCUCUGCGCUCGGACUCGCCGCCGCUGUGCCCGGCGGCCGACAGCAGGACUUACUACUCCCUGGACAGCCACAGCACGCGGGCCAGCAGCAGACACAGCCGCGGGCCGCCCCCGCGGGCCAAGCAGGACUCGGCGCCCCUUUAGGGCCCCGCCGCCCCCUCCGCCUCGCCCGCCCCACUGUCUUUAAGGAGAACAGAGACCAACGACUGGAGAAAGGAGGGAAAAAAAAAAGAAAUAAAAAUAUUUUUAUUUUCUAUAAAAGGAAAAAAGUAUAACAAAAAUGUUUUAUUUUCAUUUUAGCAAAAAUUGUCUUAUAAUACUAGCUAACGGCAAAGACGUUUUUAUAGGGAAACUAUUUAUAUGUAACAUCCUGAUUUACAGCUUCGGAAAAAAAAAGAAACAACAAAAAAAAAAGAGAGAUGGGCCAAUUUUUUGACUCUUUAAUAGAAACCUAUAUUGUGGUGCCUUUUGCUGUACGCUAAUCUGGGGCUCCUGGA